AAACCCCUAUCUCCUCCCUCUCUCUCUCUCUCUCUCUCUCUGCCCUUUUAUAUCAGAGCGUCCCUUUUCUCUUCCACUAUUUAUUGCGCUCUCUCUCAAUGAUAUUUGUGGUUUGAAUCGCCCCAUGGCAUGCUUCGACAUGUACUCUUCCUCCUCCUCCACCAACGGCCAAAACUCGGACCACAAAGGCCUCUCAUGCGGAGCACCCAUGAGCCCCAGAAUCUCCUUCUCGAACGACUUCGCCGAGUCCAAUCACUCUCACCAUCAACAAUUUAUUAAGCCCAGAGAAACCCCACCGCCCUCCUCCGACUUCGAAUUCUCUGUCUCCAACCAUUCCAUGAUGAGCGCUGAUGAGUUGUUUUUCAAGGGCAGGUUGUUGCCAUUCAAGGAUAGCUGUUCCAACCAGUUGCAGAAACCCACUACUCUCAGAGAAGAGCUGAUGGUGGACGAUGAAGAAGAUGACCAUGAGUUCUCGCUCAGGCCCCCCAAGGGCUCUACUCGUUGGAAGGGUAUUCUGGGUCUCAAGAAGACCCACAUUGGAUCCACCAAGAAAUCUGCCAAGCCUGAUGGAUCUAUGGAGAAGAGGCCUGGUUUCGUUAGCAAUAGUUCGCAGGAAGUGUUGAAUGAUGGAGGGUCAAGUUGCAGAGAUGUGGAGUUUGGGAUGUGACAAUGAUGGCAUUGUUGUUCAUGAGAUGGAUUUGUAGAGAUUUGGGCCAUUUUUUGGAAUGGUUUCUUGUAUUUUUGGAGGUGGGUUUUUUUUUUUUU